AUGGUAACAAAUAUAGUGGAGCCAGUGGCUGGAAAAGUCAACAUUUCUGGUCAACAAAAGCAAGAGACUGAACUCAGGCUUAAACAACUCAACAAGCAAGCUCUUAAAUCAAUCGAGAGUUCAAACGGAGAGAUAAUUGAUUGCAUAUCUAUCGCGAAGCAACCAGCUUUUGAUCAUCCCAUGCUCUUAAACCAUACUAUUCAGAUGACACCUAGUUCUUAUCCGCACGAGGUUUUAGCUGAAGAAAACAAUGCUCCAUCACCAAGCAACGACAAAGAACAACCAGAAAACAUAGUUCCUCCUUGGCAAUUGGUAGGAGAGUGCCCUGAAAACACUAUUCCAAUAAAAAGAAUAACAAAAGAAGAUCUUCAAAGAGUAGAUAAUAUAAAUAAUUACGGGAAAAAAUCGAAUAUCUCCCAGCCUCAUCAAUUCUAUCACCCGACGGAUAUACGUGUAGAUAAUGGCCACGAGUAUGCUAUCACAUAUGUUAAUGGUGGUCCUUACCGCGGAACGAAAGCACAGAUAAACGUAUGGAAACCACGGGUAGAAGCGGGAGAAAACAGUAUAUCACAGAUAUGGAUCGUUGGAGGCAAAUUUGGUUCUGGUUUGAAUACUAUAGAAGCUGGCUCGCAUGUCAACCCGGUCUUAUAUGGUGAUGACAAACCUCGACUUUUUAUCUACUGGACAAGCGACAAUUACCAGAAUACAGGAUGCUACAAUCUCAUUUGCCCCGGCUUUGUUCAAAUAAACAAAAGACUCACACCUGGUUAUUUGUUAACACCCAUCUCCACCUAUAAUGGUCCACAAUUUAAAUUUACCAUACAAAUAUGGAAGGAUCCCAAGACAGGAAACUGGUGGUUACAACUGAAUGAGAAAGAGUUGAUAGGGUAUUGGCCAAAAGAGCUAUUCACAAACCUUGCAGAUGAAGGGGCAAGCACAAUUGAAUGGGGAGGUGAAGUGGUGAACACGAAGAAAGACGGACAACACACAACCACUGAAAUGGGAAGUGGACAUUUUCCAAGUGAAGGAUUUGGAAAAGCAAGUAGCUUUGACGUCAUCAAAGUCAUUGAUAUGAAUGAUGGUAUAGUAGAUCCGGUUGGAGUUAAAACAUUAGCGACUCGCCCUACUUGUUACGAUCUUAAAACUGGUUAUGAUAAACAAUACGAGGUUUUUUUCUACUAUGGUGGCCCUGGUCGUAACCCUCAAUGUCCUUAG